CACGCGCCUGCGCCUUCCGCGAAGUCCGUUGCCUCUUUUACUGAAAGGCAGUGACUGCAGCACUUCCAAGGUUCCGCUCACCUUUGUUCGAUCCACCGCUCUACCUUUCCACCUUUCCCUUGCCUUAGACACUUGGGGUUGCGCCAUUGCAUCAGCGCCCGCUCUCACUCAAACGACACCGACCCCAACCCUACAAAAACCUCGCCUCUCUUCCUCUCCUCUCCUCUCCGUGACCGCUCACCCCCGUUCACACAACCACCAUAAUGGCAACGCCCGCCGCAACCAAGCGCCUCACGAAAGAAUACGCUGCCAUCACCAAAUCGCCCCCGCCCUACAUCAUCGCACACCCCUCCGAAAAGAACAUCCUGGAAUGGCACUACGUCCUCACGGGCCCGCCCGACACUCCCUACGACGGCGGCCAGUACUGGGGCACGCUCAUGUUCCCGCCGGACUACCCCUUCGCGCCGCCCGCGAUCCGCAUGCACACGCCGAGCGGCCGCUUCCAGCCCAGCACGCGCCUGUGCCUCAGCAUUUCCGACUUCCACCCCAAGAGCUUCAACCCCGCGUGGGAGGUCAGCACGAUCCUAACGGGCCUGCUGAGCUUCAUGACGAGCGAGGAGAUGACGACGGGCAGCGUGCGCGCCAGCGAGCACGAGCGCAAGCUGUUUGCCCAGCGCACGCGCUGGUGGAACAGCACGGGCGGCGGGUCGAAACAAACUGGCACACAGUCGUCGAACACGCGCGGCAUCGGCGCGAUUAAAGCGGGCGACGGCGGCGCGAAGUUCCGCUCAGAGUGGCCGGAGCUCGACGAGGAGAACUCGAAGUGGAUGAAGGAGAAGCGCAUCAACCCGCAGACAGGCCUCCCGCUGCCCGCGCAGUCGUCGCAACCGCACUGCUCGCCCGACAUGGCGGGCCUCCGGAGACGGCCCGGAGGCAGCACAACGGGCGUAGGCGUCGUCGUCCAGGAAGGCCGCGUCGCGCGGGAUGUGGGGCAGAGCUGGUUGGGCCGGAAUAAGUGGAAGAUGGUGCUUGGAGCGAUUCUGUCCUACAUCUUGGUGGCGCGGAUACUGGGCGACGGGGCGGUCACGGCUGCGACGACUGCCCAUUAGACGGGACGAUUAGAACUAUACGGGGUUCUUUAAUGGUAGCGCUUUCGGAGUUCAGGCUUGCAUAGGGGUGAUGGGAGCCAGCGUCUGGGUCAAGCAUAGCCUGGCUGGGGCGUUUUGGGGCUCUCCGAUCAUGCUCUUAGACUAUAGUGUUUAAGACUUAAGAAUUCUACUGAGUAUCGUAUAGUGUAAAUUAUGGCAGAUGACUGCACGGAAGACGCUGUAUCCCGUCGU